UGCCUUCCAGGAGGGCUCUGUCCCACCUCCCACCCAGCUACUCGACCCAAGUCCCGAAGUCGACCCGCCCGCGAUGUCCAAAGCAGCUCCCGCCAAAAAACCAGCGGCUGCGGCCCCGCCUCCGGGAUGUACCCUGGAUAUCAACGACCCCCAGGUCCAGAGAGCAGCCAUUCGCAUCCAGGCCUCUUACCGGGGCCACAGGUCCCGGAAGGAGCUUCGCGAGAAGGGGCCACCACGAGUGCUGGAGCCACUGAAGGACGUGGUGCUGAUCGAGGGCAGCGCGGCCAAGCUGACUUGCCGCAUUUCGGCUUUCCCGGACCCAUUCAUCCGCUGGAGCAAGGACGGCAAGGAGCUGCGUGACGGGCCCAAGUAUCGUUACGUUUUCGAGGACCCUGACGUGGUCGCCCUGGUGGUGCGCGACGGCGAGCUGGCAGACCUGGGCCAGUACAGCAUCAACGUAACCAACCCCUUCGGCCAGUGCUCUGACUCAGCGCGCAUCCUGGUGGAAGUCCCUGCGAAGAUUCAAAAGGGACCGGAUAACACUAAGGCGCGCAAAGGCGCCACGGUGACGCUGACUGCGGAGAUCAUGGGCGAGCCUGCACCCGACGUGGGCUGGACCAAGGACGGGGAGGACAUCGAGGAGGAUGACAGGGUGUUCUUCGAGAUCGGCAGUACCACCACGACGCUGACCAUCCGCCGGGCCACGCCCGAGGACAGCGGCAAGUACGAGGUGUACGUGGAGAACAGCCUGGGCAUGGACCAGAGCUUCGCACGAGUGGACGUGGCCUGAAAGGAACGCUCGGACCUUUCGCCCUGGCUCCAAGCCCCGGGGUGGGUGGGACCGACAACCCUCCUCCAUCUUGCUUAAUAAAGCUGCUCUCUCUGA